UUUUGCAUAUUUAGUUCUCUAGCCAGUUGUUGUUAGAUGAAUGUUCCUGUUUCCUUUCCUCAGAAGGCCUAUAUCUUCACAUUCCUGCUGAGCUCAAGACUGUUCAUUGAACCACAUGAACUUCUCUCCCGUGUUUGUCACAAGUGCAUUGAGCAGCAGCAACUGGAUGACCCAGUGCUGGAUAAGGCACGAAUCAGAAAAUUUGGGCCCAAGAUCUUACAGUUAUUAACAGAAUGGACGGAAACCUUUCCUUAUGAUUUUCAGGAAGAAAAGAUGAUUGGAUGUUUGAAAGACAUUAUCCACCGGAUAGCUCCAUGUGAUGAGGCCUAUUGGAAAAAGAUGAAUCAGCUUCUACAAACCUUGAAUCAGAAGCUUGCAAGUCUUAACCAUGGCCAAGAAGGGAUAGUCAAGAUCAGUGCAGCUGUCUCAGAUAAAGUGGUAGCUUUUAAAAGUAAACCUCCAUCCAUCCAAAGAGAAAUGUUGAGUGUCUGCAGUGAUCCAUAUACUUUAGCCCAACAGCUAACUCAUGUAGAACUGGAAAGACUGGGUCAUAUUGGUCCUGAAGAAUUUGUUCAAGCAUUUGGCCAUAAAGAUCCCUUGGAUAGCACAAAGCCUUGUUUCAGUGAACAGAAGAAGACUAGUAAUCUUGAGGCUUAUGUGAAAUGGUUCAAUAGACUCUGCUAUCUUGUAGCAACAGAAAUUUGCAUGCCUGCCAAAAAGAAACAGAGGGCACAAGUCAUUGAAUUCUUCAUUGAUGUCGCUCGGGAGUGCUUUAACAUAGGGAACUUUAAUUCACUGAUGGCAAUCAUCUCUGGGAUGAACAUGAGUCCAGUAUCCAGGCUAAAGAAGACCUGGUCAAAAGUGAAAACAGCCAAGUUUUUUAUUCUUGAGCACCAGAUGGAUCCUACUGGCAAUUUUUACAACUACAGGACUGCCUUAAGGGGAGCUGCUCAUCGGUCCCUAACAGCACACAGCAACAGGGAAAAGAUUGUAAUCCCCUUCUUCAGCCUUCUGAUCAAAGAUAUUUAUUUUUUGAAUGAGGGAUGUGCAAACCGCCUUCCAAAUGGGCAUGUCAACUUUGAAAAAUUCUUGGAACUGGCUAAACAAGUGGGAGAAUUCAUAACAUGGAAACAAGUUGAAUGUCCAUUUGAACGUGAUGAUAACAUAAUCCACUAUUUACAUACCGCCCCUAUCUUUACUGAAGAUGGUUUGUAUUUGGCUUCCUAUGAAAGUGAAAGUCCAGAAAACCAAACAGAAAAAGAGAGAUGGAAAAACCUACGGUCAACUAUCUUAGGAAAGACUUGAAGACAAGAAUCUAUAAAUAUACCAGGACAAACUAACUCAGCAAAACUACUUUGCACUAUGGAUUCCAAAGAUGCCUAUUUGGGAUUUAGAAUAUUUUAUUCUUUAUUUUUGUGUCCAUUGGGGGGCUCUCUAAUGUGAUUAACUGGAUUCAUCAGAAAGACUCAAGUGAGUAGUCUUUUUACUGCACACAUGUUGCUACAGCCAAUAUGGAACCCUAUAGUGAAAAGCCAGUAGAUGGUUUGAUCUUGACUUUAUCAGAACCAAGUCCUUAUUGCUAUUUAAACUUGACUUAUUAAAUGAACAAGAAAAAGCAAGAAAAGUCACAGUGCUGCAAUCCAAAACAGUCUCCAUGGAAGAGUACAGGGUUUGUAAUCUCAGAAGCAGGGUGUAUCUGAUAGUAAUUCAAAGAGAACUGCGAAAAGUAGAUGUUGCCAAUUACAUUAUGCUACUACAUAGAGAAGGAUUAUUUUUCCUCCACAAUCCUCAACCUCAGUGAAGACUAUUCUAACAUCAGGAAAUAAAAGACUAAUAGAAAACCAUAUUAAAAUGAAUAACCUACAUAUACUACUUUUUUAGUACUGAAAGAUUUGAGCUGGGAAUAUUUGCUAUGUCUCCUUCAGUUUGAAGUCAGAAUCAUCUUUGAUCUUCAUGGUGAUCUCCUAAGCUCUUCAUAUGACUUCUAGUGUGACCCUUAUGAUGUAAAGCAUGUAGCAUAUUCUCCAGUUCUGUUGACUGUUGAGAGACAGUCUUUAAGGAAUCUUGCAUCAUUAACAGAAAGAAAAUCUGUUAAGGACCGCAACAGUUACUUUCACCUACUUAUUUUCUCUUUAUCAGAGAAAAGAAAUAUUUUAGAAAAUAUAGUCAUGUGAUAGUAGGGCUCUUAUUUCUAGUGUGUCUUACAGUCUAUGAAUUGUUGCACUGAAAUUAUCAAUACUAGGUUCCUGAGAUGGAUCCCUUGUUUCAUGGUUCCCUCUGUGUAGGUGAUGGUUACUGCCUCCCAGCUAUGGCAUUCUUUUCUCAAAUCCAUCAAGAUGCAUUAGAGGUACAGAUUUGAGAGGUACAGUGAAAGUUGAGUAAUGGGGAACAAUCAAACAUUAAUAUGUCUGCCAUAAUGCUUAGUGGGAGGGCAAGCAAUGGUUGCAAAUUAUACUCAAAUAGUCUUUUUAAAUUAAUUAUAAGUAAUGGAGUGAAACAAAUCCCUAGCUUACUGCUGACUGUAUAGAAUUGCAGUAAAGCGCAAACCUUCAUUUUAAUAACUGGGACGUUUUCAUAAUAAAAUGGUACCAGAAAGACUCCUAAUUCAGAUUCUGAUAUUUGCAAGUAAUAUCCAGCACAGUGUGGGCUUGGUUUGAGAAUUACAGGUAUCGGAUGCCACAUAUAUAGAUUAGACUCAUACCAAUGUACAUAUUUUAUGCAUCAGUUAAAUGCAUUCCGUCAUUCACCCAAUUCCAACAUCGAUCACUUGCACAGUGACCAAGAAGUGGAAUUUAGAGAGUUAACUCUUGCCUUCUAUCGUAUACAAGAGUUUAGCAUUCUGGUCAAAGUCUCAACCAGCAUUACAUGAACAAUAAAGCAGUCAUUAGACGCUGGAUAGGUUUGAAUCUUAAUUUAGAUAGGCUUUUGCUUCUGAAUAUGUCUACAGUGAAAUUCUAUGACAUUCCUUCUGGAUUUUCUCACAAGGAGCCUUUUUGUUUCUUUGAGUAAAGCAAUCUUAGCUUCUGGGAUAUAACUGUUAUUUAUCUGUACAAGCCUUCUUGACAACCUAUUUCUUUCCUCACAUCUGUUCCACUGUGUGCUGGCACAAAAAUGCUUCAUGUCAGUCAAAGAAUGAUUUUUAUAAAAAAUAUAUAUGUUGCUCUGACUACCUAUCUAGAUGAGAGUUAGGUAUUUGUGGCCUGUGACAUAUUAAGAAAGAAUUUUGUGUGUGUGUAUAUGUGUGUGUGUAUGUGUAUAUAUAUAUAUAUAUAUAUAUACACACACACACACAUAUACAUACAUACAUACAUACAUACAUACAUACAUACACACACACACACAACAGUUUCUGCACUGACUAUGUCACAAUGUAGUAGCUAUUUCAGGUAGCUAUUGCAAGAGAGCUACAGUAUUUGAAUUAUCUAGAUGUAUUCAGACUGCUUCAGUAACAAUCUCAGCAUCUGAAUAAAAGCAGUAACAAUCUCAGCAUCUGAAUAAGAGGCAAGAUAAAUUUCUUUACACUCUUAUUUGAUAGCUCCUUUCUAUAGUAAAUUUUGAAAAAUGAAGGAAUACUGCAAAAAUAUAGGGAGGUAGAUGUUUCAGAUUUUAAACAGGAAAAAAAGAAAAUCCAAGAAGCUGUAAGAAUGGUCAGUCUGAUGAAACUAGAAAAGAUAGGAAGACAGGUUAGAAAUGUCUAAAAAUACUGCAUGUAGAAAGAAACAUAGAAUGUCAAAAAUAAAUAUAGAAUUAUUUCUUUUGGAUUGGGUUACUAGCUGAACAGAUAUUGAAAACAGUGCAAGAAAUAAUGUAUCUUGGUGUCCACAAAGAUCUGAUAACAUUUUGUAGCAAAACGUCUUAAUUGUGUGUUUGCUGGCUGUGACAUUCAUAAAUGAAUUCACAAUGCAAAAUAUUUCAGUUCUUAUCAAUAAUUCUUCAUUAAAUCAAAGAGUGAGAUGCCAUACUAGGAGAGGAAUAAACUUUAACCAUUGAUCCAUUACUUAGAUGCAGAGAAAUCUUAUUUUAAGAUAAUCCAGAAUAUGAAUAACUGUUACCUGAUACAGUAGCAGUAACACAUUCAAAAUGCCAUUGAUAUAAUGGAAGGCUGAGUAAUACAGUAUAAAUUGCAGCACAACACAGUGCAAAUAUCUACCUUCAGGCAUGCUCAGAACACUAACGCAUGGUAGACAGCACCUGAUUUAGCAGUGAUACAUGAGGUUUCUAGAUGAUAACAAAAUGAAGAGUCACCAGUGUGAAAAAGCUGCAAAAGAGUGCCAUGAAUAUUAAUAGAAUCAUAAUGUUUAGUGACAAGAAUAAAUACUUUUUCCUUAUUUCAGACUAAUCAGAUUUGUCUAGUACUAUUUCUGAAUACUUUAAGAAAGAUGAGACAAAUUGGAAAAAGUUAAAGACAGGGCAAAAGUGAUUUAAAAUAACAUGAUUAAUAUAAAGGUAAAUUAAAGGAAUAUUUAGCUUGGAAAAGACUGAGAUGGGUACUUUCCAAAUACCAGCCGGUCUAAUGUAGAAAACAAGCCAAUGCUGCUUCAGUUCUGCUCCUGAAGACAGGAUUAAUCUAAUGGGCUUAAGUUAGGGAAGAUGAAUGUUGAUUGAAUGGUAGGAAGAAGAUGAAAGCGCUAUUUUAUAAUGGUUUAAUGAUAAUUCACUGUUCUGCAUGAGAAAAUUUGCAAAGCAAAUUGUAACUUAGAAGUGCAAAAUGGCUAAUUAAGCCCCAAAACAGUGAUAAUACAAAUCUUAAAAACAUAAUAAACAUAACAAAAAAGCUGGAGGGGGAGGCAAUUUUCUGGCUGUCUUUGAACUAAGACCAGAAGCCCAUCUGGAAGAUAUUCUCAUGUAGGAUUUCCUGCAUCUACAAAGGCUUGAAUUACUAAAUAUCCCACAGUUGAUACUAAUGGGAUUAUCCCAUUAAUAAUAACCUGCUAAAAGAUGACUUUCACUUAAUAGACCAAGAGUUAUUUAAAAUACUGAUAUAUUUUCUUUUGCUGAAGAGAGCACAGCUUUUUCUCCUUAAAUGCUACUAAAUAAAUCCAAGGAUUAUAUGACUUCUCCUUUGUUUGAAAGUAACUCUUAACUGUAGCCAGAUUUUAACAAUUAAUAUAUUUGACUUUUCUGAGAUCAUGGUGAUCAAAUGUAUUUCUGCUUAUUAAAAUAAGAGUGAUAAUGUAUGUAUUUUAAAAUGAGGUUUCUCAUAGCAGCUAGUAUCAGUUGCAAAUAUUUAAUUUCAUUGUUUUUACUUACAAACACUGCUUUGGCUGUGUGUAAGAAACAAAGCAAAUCUGUAUUUCAGAUCUAUAAUAUGAAUACAUUAUGCACAUCCUUUCAGAAACAUAAACACAAUUUAUUGAAUGAAUAGUUACAUACUAAGUUUCACAGGAGGAAAAUAUUCCAAAUAAUUCACCUAGAUUUCAUCAGAAACUAUUAUAAAUGGAUUCAGCUCUGCAUACUGAAAAUUGCUAAGCUUAUGAAAGAAUCCUCAGUCUGGUCUGACCUUAUACAAUGAGCAAGGCAUUUUAUACUGAAUUAUGGACAUACUGAAUGCAUUUCUUUAAAAAAACGCAGCCUGCCUAAGAUUGCAAAUGUAAUUUGUUAUUCAUUUGAUAGAAAAAGACAGCAUUUCUUUCAGCUGUAGUUCUGGAAUCAUUCCCAUCACUACAAAAAGUAGAAUCUUGAGAUGAAUGUAAUUAGUUCAACUCCACUUAAAAUGUUUCAGAAUGAGACGAUCAAAAACCUAAGCAACAGUCAAAUACAUUAGGAUCAGUGUUGCUGUCACUAAAAGUAUAGUGAGAAUCAAUUAUGGCAAUGAGUAAUUUUCAUGAGCUGCCACUAGAAUGGGAACAGUCUGCUUCUCAGAAGGUGAGGAAUGAACUGCACAAUCAAAACAAGGCUUUCAUCGAUCUAUUAUUAUAGUAGCUAAUUUUAAUAACUAGCAGCAGUCACUAAUCAUACAUGUAAAAUACCUGAUAUUUUUAGAUUUAAAACUUGAUGUGAUGUCAGUUUUCAUUUAAUAACCACUGAAGCCCACUUACGAUAACCAUAUAUAAUGUGGUAUGUGUAAAUACACAAAAAUAAUUGGUGCUAUGGAAAUGCCUGGCACUCUUGUUAUCUCCUACCCUGCUUAAAAAGUUAGCUACUUGUCCUAUUCAAUUCUUCUUGAAUGAAAAUCCUACGAAGGAAGAGGGAUGAAUGGUGUGCAGAUAGUUCUCGAUUUAUAACCAUUUGUUCAGUGACUGUUAGAAGUUACAGGGAACUGAAUAAAGUGAUUUAUGGCCAGUUUUCACAUCUAUGACCAGGGCUUUUUUUCUCAUAGAGCGCCCAGAACGGAGUUCCGGCACCUUUUUUGGCUGGAACCUUGUAGGGUAGGCAAGGCAGGUUGUAUGACGUGUGUGAGUUCCGGCACCUUUUUUUUUUUUUUUUAAGAAAAAAAAGCAAUGCCUAUGACCAUUGCAGUAUUCUCAUGGUCACAUGAUCAAAAUCCAGGCACGUGACAACUCUAUUUCUGACAAUUCCAGGGUUUGUGACCUUGUAACCUUCCCAGCUGGCUUUCGGCAAGCAAAGUCAAUGGGGGAAAGCCAGAUUCACUUAACAACUGCAUGAUUCACUGAGCAACAGCAGUGAUUUUCCUAACAACUGGCAAAAAGGUUGUAAAACGGGGUGCAACUUGCUUAACAACCAUCUUGCUUAGUAGUGGAAAUUUUGGGCUCGAUUGUGGUCAUAAAUCAAGGACUAUCUGCCUCCCCACUUUGCCAGGCUCAUAGCUUUCCAUAGGUCAUACAUGAUGAUUUGCAAAGCAGAGCUCCCCAAUCCCUGCAGGAUUCCCACCAAGUGUUUAGAAUCCCGUGUGUCAUACAUGAAGGAAAAACUGCCUUAUCUGAAAUGGUAGAGCUUACUUUGAGUCAGCCUACAUUCCUGAGGACAUUAUGGGGCUUGUAAUAUGAACUCAAUAGCUGAAAGCAACAUGCAAAAUAUUAUAUACAACAGUAUGAGAUCAGUUUGAUACCGAUAAUACUAGUAGUAGACCAAAGCAGGAGAAAAAUAAUUAUUUUAUACUAAACUUCAGUACCAAUGGUUAAACAUUUCAAGUGAUAAGAUUAUUUGGGCAAGAAUCUUAAAAGUUGCUUAACAAUGCUUUUCUUUUUUCUAUUGUUAAAACAGUUAAAGUAAACUGUUAGCAAUGUUUCCAAAGCAGAUACAUGCACGUUACAAGAAACUGCUAUUGAAACAUAAACCCAAAGGUCUCAUGAACAGAUGUGAGCAUCAUUAUCUAUUAAUCAAUGGAACUAUAGAUCUCUCUCUAUAUAGCCAUCAAAUGGAAAUUGUGUCAUAAAGACCUUGAAAAAACAAGACAUUACGCCAAGAGGUAUUAUCCCGUUUUCAAAGUACAACCUGUUUCCAAACUCUAUAAGUCCAAAUAAUGUGUAGCAUUCCCCCAUUCCAGCCAAGCCCUGUCAUUUGUAAAAGCAGCUCCUCUUAUUGUGACUUAGAUUUCAAGUCAAACUGGAGUGUACGUGUCACUGAAAGCAUAUAAUUGCUGUUGCUGAUCUCAAUUCUUAUUCUUAUUUAGUCACUCUGGCAAUCAAAUGUUAAGGUUACUUGAAAAUAAAGCAUUAUGGCUUUGUGAUGUUACCUAUCUUUAUAAAAUGGUAACGGCGAUGUGCUUGCCACACCUUUCAUUAAUAUUUCAAAACAAUGUGGUCAUAAGUAAAUGAUAGCUGUUAGUAAUGAAAAACCCCAUUAUUUCAUGUUACAUGUUAUCAAACCCUUCAGUCAGUCAUAAAAGCUAAUUUACCUAUGUACAGAAUUUAUACAACAAAUUUAAUUUAUACUGUGUUUUAACAGUGUGCCUGAACUGUUUAUGGUUUCUAAAUUUUGUAAAGUGAGUGUAAAAUUAAAAAUAUUGAUAUGGGGUUAGCCCAGAUUUGGAAUGUUUUUAAGAUGAAUAUAUCCAUUGUGUGAAGGGUUUUAGAUAUAUUGUAUACUUAUGGUGACCAUACUUUUUUGGGAAAAAAAUAAAGGACAAACUUCAAAAAGGAACAA